GACUGGCUCUUAUAAUAACAACACAUUUUCUCACAAAUUUUCUCGAGAGAGAAACUUUCAUCCAUUUCGCACCGUUUUACAGUGAUUUUGUUGUUGUUCUUCUCCGGCCACCGAUCUUCACAAUUUCCGCUCUGAAUACGAAAUCUCCGAUUCAGAGCUUGUUUUGUAUGACAUCGGGGACGAGAAUGCCCACUUGGAAGGAGAGGGAGAACAACAAGCGCCGUGAGAGGCGCCGACGUGCCAUCGCCGCGAAGAUCUUUCUCGGCCUGCGAAUGUACGGAAACUAUAAGCUUCCCAAGCACUGCGAUAAUAAUGAGGUCCUCAAAGCUCUCUGCGUUGAAGCUGGGUGGACUGUAGAGGAAGACGGCACUACCUAUCGGAAGGGAUGCAAGCCUGUGGAACGCGAUAUCAUGGGCGGAUCAGCUUCUGCAAGUCCAUGUUCAUCUUACCAGCCGAGCCCAUGUGCAUCUUAUAACCCUAGUCCUGCGUCUUCUUCCUUCCCAAGCCCUUCCCGUUACGCCAUUAAAGGCAAUGACAAUGCUGCUGAUCCCAAUUCCCUCAUCCCAUGGCUGAAGAACCUCUCCUCAGCUUCAUCACCAGCCUCCUCCAGGCUGCCUCACCAUCUUUAUAUUACUGGUGGCUCCAUAAGUGCACCUGUUACCCCUCCGUCGAGCUCCCCAACUGCUCGAACACCCAGAAAACCAAAUGAUUGGGACAAUCAUCCAGCAGUUGCUCCUGCUUGGGCUGCACAGCGUUUCUCAUGUUUGCCUGCAUCUACCCCUCCGAGCCCUGGGCGUCAGGUGUUGGCUGAUUCAGCAUGGCUUGAUAGUAUGCGGAUUCCUCAAAGUGGACCAUCGUCACCAACCUUCAGCCUUGUGGCUAGGAAUCCUUUUGGAUUUAAGGAGGCAAUGUCUGCUGGAGGUCCUUCAUUCGGAUUUAAGGAGGCAAUGUCAAAUCCAAUGUCUGCUGGAGGGUCUCGUAAUUGGACUCCUACACAGAGCGGGACGUGCUCGCCCACGGUUGCUGCGGGCACCGAUCAUACUUCAGAUGUUCCUAUGACGGAUGGGACUGCAGCGGAGUUUGCCUUCGAAAGUUGUUCGAUUGGGUUGGUGAAGCCUUGGGAAGGAGAGAGAAUUCAUGAGGAAUGCAUCUCUGAUGAUCUCGAACUUACACUUGGGAAUUCAAGGACGCGGUGAAAGAAAGUCAGGAGUUCUUAAAUUUGGUUCUUUCUUCAAAGGGAAAAAUUCAACUGAUGUCCGUGUGUAUUGGUUGGCAAAGAUUUGCCCCUCGGUUGACGGUUAAUUCUUUCCUUGAUAAUUUGUUGUUUUCGUUCCUUCCAGAAAGAAAAUUAUAUUCCACCAAUGGAUUCCCUGCCUUCGUUGUUGAAAGGGAUAUUUCAUUGCCAUAUAAUAUUCAAUUCAAUUGGAUGUC